CUGACGCUAAUGCAGAAGGCUUCCCGUUUGAAGCGUGAACUUCAGAUGCUGAGCACAGAGCCUCCUCCUGGGAUUACAUGCUGGCAGAACGAGGAACGAACUGACGAGCUCCGAGCCCAAAUAUUGGGAGGAACAGAAACCCCUUAUGAAGGAGGCCUCUUUACCCUGGAAAUCAACAUCCCAGAGAGGUACCCGUUUGAACCUCCAAAAAUGCGAUUUCUGACUCCGAUCUACCACCCAAACAUUGACAGCUCAGGACGCAUCUGUCACGAUGCUCUCAAACUCCCACCAAAGGGAGCUUGGAGGCCAUCUCUAAACAUCUCUACAGUCCUCACCUCCAUUCAGCUGCUCAUGGCUGAACCCAAUCCCGAUGACCCACUUAUGGCUGACAUUUCAUCAGAGUUCAAAUACAACAAACAGCUAUUCGUGGACAAAGCCAAGAAGUGGACACAGGAGCAUGCAGUUCAGAGGAAUACUGGAGUGAUGGAGAACAACAAAGAAAAUACUCAGGAGCAGAAAGAACUGUCUCGAAAGAGGAAGGUGGACAGCGUCCAAAAAGUGCCAGUGAAGAAGAGCUCUGUUUAG